CCGCGAGCUGCCCGUGGGCAGAGCGGGCAGCGCUCGGCAGCGCUCGGUGCGUGCAGUGCCGGGAGGAGGCUGCGGGCGCCGCUGUUGACCGAGAGGAGCGAGCGGGAGCUCGGAGCGCUGCAGCCCCGCCCGCUGCGGAUCCGCUCGAUCACUCGCUCGCCGGAUUCGUGGCCCGGCGGGAGGACGGUCUGUGAUCAUCCCCGCGGUACGGAACCGUGCUGCAGCGAGCGGAGGGACUGCGGCGGCGGAGCGGCCGGGAGCGGCGAGCUGGGGAAGGACAGUGAGGCAGAUCGGCGGUCGGCGGUGGGGCGCUGCUCGGGUUGUUGUGGUGCCGCAGCGGAGAUGUGCUCGGCGGGGAGGCGCUGGGGCCGGCGGCAGCGAGCUCUGCUCUGGGCCGUGCUGCUGGCAGCGUGGGAGGCGGCGUGGGGGCAGCUGCGCUACUCCGUGCCCGAGGAGAUGCCCAAGGGCUCGUUCGUGGGGGACGUGGCCAAGGACCUGGGACUGCAGCUGCCGGAGAUCAGCGAUCGUGGCGUCCGAGUGGUUUCCCAAGGUAGGACGCAGUAUUUCGCUUUGCACGGGAAGACGGGACAUUUAGUGACGGCGGAGAGGAUCGACAGAGAGCAGCUGUGUGAGCGUGUGCAGCAAUGCGUGCUGCGCUGUGAACUCAUAGUAGAAGGACAGAUGCAGGUUUACGGAAUACAAGUGGAGAUCACAGACAUUAACGACAAUGCACCCAGCUUUCGAGAGGCAGAGACAGAGCUAAAAAUGAUCGAAACGACAGCCCUGGGGUCGCGGUUUCCCCUGCCCGACGCUCAUGAUCCUGACUCGGGCCGGAAUUCCCUGCAGAGCUACGAGCUGAGCGGUGACGAGCACUUCUCGCUGGCCGUGCAGGCGGGCCCCGGCGGCGAUCAGCGUCCCGAGCUGGUGCUGGCGAAGGCGCUGGACCGGGAGGAGGCGGCGUUUCACGAGCUGGUGCUGAGGGCGAUGGACGGCGGCGAUCCGGCACGGACGGGCACGGCUCGGAUCCGCGUGACGGUGCUGGACGCGAACGACAACGCGCCCGUGUUCAGCCAGGCGGAGUACACGGUGCGUGUGCCCGAGGACGUGCCCGUGGGAUCCGUUCUCGUCACCGUAACAGCUACGGACGCCGACGAGGGGUCGAAUGGACACGUGAAAUACUCGUUGAAGAAAUCAGAGAAAGCCUCGCAGAUCUUCCAGCUGGAUGCCGAGUUAGGAGCGAUCACGGUUUUGCAGAACCUGGACUUCGAGGAAGGCGACUCCUAUGAGCUGGAGGUGCAGGCACAUGAUGGUGGGGGCCUUUUUGACACGACGAAUGUUGUGAUUACUUUGACAGAUGUGAACGACAAUAUGCCUGUACUCGCAGUUUCAUCGAGGCUAAAUGAGAUCUCUGAGGAUGCCCCGCCUGGGACCGUGGUAGCUCUGCUCCGGCAGGAUCGGGACUCGGGGACGAAUGGGGAGGUGCGCUGCUCGCUCGAUGGGGACGUCCCAUUCCGACUGGAGAAAUCCUAUGAAGACUACUACCGUGUGGUGACAGCGAGAGAGCUGGACCGGGAGCAGGUGUCGGAGUACAACGUGACGGUUCGCGCUGCCGACGGCGGGUCGCCGGCGCUGCAGAGCAGCGCGGUACUGGCGCUGCGGGUGCUGGACGUGAACGACAACGCGCCGGUGUUCGCGGAGGAGCGCUACAGCGCGCGGCUGUCGGAGAACAACGCGGCGGGCGCGCUGGUGCUGAGGGUGCGCGCCACGGACGCGGACUGGGGGCAGAACGCGCGCGUGCGGUACCGGCUGGCGGAGGGGCGGGUGCGGGGCGCGGCGCUGUCGUCGUACGUGUCGGUGCAGGCGGAGACGGGCGCGCUGUACGCGCUGCGCUCCUUCGACUACGAGCAGCUGCGCGAGCUGCAGCUGUGGGUGCGUGCGGAGGACGGCGGCGCGCCGGCGCUGGGCAGCAACGUGUCGGUGCGGCUGCAGAUCGUGGACGAGAACGACAACGCGCCGCAGGUGCUGUACCCGCCGCCGGCUUUAGCGGCGGGCUCGGGCGCUGCGUGGUCGGGCGUGGAGCUGGCGCCGCGCUGGUCGGAGGCCGGCGCGCUGGUGGCCAAGGUGGUGGCGGUGGACGCGGACGCGGGGCAGAACGCGUGGCUGUCGUACGAGCUGGCCAAGGCCACGGAGCCGGGGCUGUUCCGCGUGGGGCUGCACAGCGGCGAGGUGCGCACGGCGCGCUCGCCGCUGGCCCGCGACGCGGCGCGCCAGAGCCUGGUGGUGCUGGUGAAGGACCACGGGCGGCCGGCGCUGUCGGCCACGGCCACGCUGAGCGUGGUGCUGGCCGAGAGCGUGGCCGAGCUGCUGGCCGAGCUGGGCAGCGCGGCCGCCGAGGCGGCGGCGCCGGGCGAGCCGGCCGCCAGCCUGACGCGCUGGCUCGUGCUGGCCGUGGCCGCCGUGUCGUGCCUCUUCGUGGCCUUCCUGCUGCUGCUGCUGGCGCUGCGCCUGCGCCGCUGGCGCCGCCAGCAGCUGCUGCCGGCGGACAGCGGCGCCCUGCGCGGCGUGCCCGUGUCGCACUUCGUGGGCAUCGACGGCGUGCGCGCCUUCCUCCAGUCCUACUCGCACGAGGUGUCGCUCACGGCCGACUCGCGCAAGAGCCAGCUGCGCUUCUCGGCCGGCAGCUGCUGCGACACCCUCCCGGCCCGGCCGCCGCCCGACGAGCCCGCGCCGCUGCUCGGCGACGAGGAUCCUGCCGGCGCCCUCCCCGCCCAUCCCGCCCCUCCCUCGGUGAGUUUCUGUCUCCAGAUUUUCUCCACGACUCUUUCUCCUGAUACUCCCUUACGGUUUCCCACAUCUCAGAUAGAAAGGCCUGGGUGCCGAAUUAAGGAAGAGCUUCAGCGCUGGCAGUUCGCAGUGGCGGCGGGAGCCCGGGGCCGGUGCAGCCGCCGAGCCCCGCCCGGGCCGGGCCGGGCCCCCUUGAGCGCGGCCAUGCGGCGGCUGCAGUGGCGCGGCGGCGCCUCCGGGUGCCGCUGUUGGCCGCCGCCGAGCGGCGCUGGAGCCGCCGCCGCCGCCGCCGCAGCGUCCUGCCCCCGCAGGCUGCUCGCUCGCCCGGCGCCGGCCGCAGCGGCAGCGGCACCGCACCGGCAGCAGCAGCGGCGGCGGCGGCGGCGGGGAGAGGCGGCCCGAGCGGGCUGGCUGCGCUGCGGCGGCCCCUGCGCUGCGUGGCGAGAGCGGCUGGAAGGGAAGCGGGGCAGCGGCAGGAGGCAGGAGCGCGGCGAGCGCCGGCGGCAGAGAAUGGCGGUGAGGCGGCGGCAGAGGCGCGGGCCGGGCGGCGGGCGAGCGCUGCUGGCCGCGGUGCUGCUGUGCGUGUGCUGCCGGGCGGCGGCCGAGCGGCUCCGCUACGCCAUCCCCGAGGAGCUGGGCAGAGGCUCGCUCGUGGGGCCGCUGGCGCGGGACCUGGGGCUCAGCGCGGACGAGCUGCCGGCGCGCAAGCUGCGGCUGAGCGAGGAGAAGCAAUACUUCACGGUGAGUGAGGAGAACGGGAACCUGUACGUGAACGAGAGGCUGGACCGGGAGCAGAUGUGCGGCGCGUCGCCGACCUGCUCGGUCAGCUUUGAGGUGCUGGUGCACAACCCGCUGAAUGUUUUCCAAGUCGAGGUGUCCAUUGAGGACGUGAAUGACAACUCCCCACUUUUUAGCAAGGCUGCUCUGGAGCUCGAGAUCGGUGAAUGGACGCUUCCCGGAGCUCGUUUUCCUUUGGAGAUGGCCCGAGAUGAGGACGCUGGAAGUAACUCGCUGCUGACUUACCAACUCACGAGCGACCCGUCCUUCUCACUGUCAGUGAAAGAAAAGCCGGGUGGAAAGAAGCAGCCGGAAUUAGUACUGGAGAAAGCUUUGGACAGGGAGAAGCAGAGUUCCUUUGAGCUGCUGCUGACAGCAGUGGACGGCGGGGAACCGGCGAGAUCCGGGACUGUCCUGGUUCGCAUAAACGUUACUGACGCCAACGACAACCCACCCGUGUUCAGCAAAAGCCUCUACGAGGCGCGAGUGGCAGAGAAUUUGCCGGUGGGGUCUUCAGUGCUGCGGGUGCGGGCCACGGAUGCGGACUUGGGCUCAAAUGGGCGAGUUUCCUACUCCUUCAGCAACGUCCCAGACAACGUGCUCUCAUUGUUCGCUAUUGAGAGCGAGAGUGGAGAGAUCAGAACAGUGGGUCCACUCGAUUUCGAGGGAAAAAAAUACGUUUUUGGCUUGGAGGCGACAGACGGUGGGGGGCUCACCGAUCACUGUGAAGUGCAAAUCGACAUCACGGACGAGAACGACAACACGCCUGAAAUCACGAUUCUUUCACUGUCAAGCCCGGUGCCCGAGGACGCGCCUGCCGGUACUGUGGUAGCCCUGCUGAAAGUGAAAGACAGAGACUCAGGCGAGAACGGUCAGGUGUCGUGCGAGCUGUCGGGAGAGGCGCCGCUGUCGAUCGUGGCGUCCUCGGGCGGCUCGUACAAGGUGGUGACGGCGGGCGCGCUGGACCGAGAGCAGGCGUCCGAGCACCGCGUGACGGUGGUGGCCCGGGACCGGGGCAGGCCGGCGCUGUGGAGCAGCAGGGAGCUGGUGCUGGAGGUGUCGGACGUGAACGACAACGCGCCGGUGUUCGAGGAGGCGGCGUACAGCGCGUACGUGGCGGAGAACAACGCGGCGGGCGCGCUGGUGCUGCGCGUGCAGGCGCGGGACGCGGACGCGGGCGCCAACGGGCGCGUGAGCUACUGGCUGGCGGGCGGCAGCGCGGGCGCGGCGGGCGCGGCGCCGCUCGUGUCGGUGGAGGCGCGGAGCGGCGCGCUGUACGCGCAGCGCUCCUUGGACUACGAGCAGUGCCGCGAGUUCACGCUGGCGGUGCGGGCGCAGGACGGCGGCUCGCCGGCGCGCAGCUCCACGGCCACGGUGCGCGUCUUCGUGCUGGACCGCAACGACAACGCGCCCCGGGUGCUGUGGCCGGCGGCGGCGGCGGCGGCGGCGGGCGAGGCUGCGGCAGGGGCGCCGCCUCCUUUCGAGGUGGUGCCGCGUUCGGCCGAGGCCGGCUACCUGGUGGCCAAGGUGGUGGCGGUGGACGCGGACGCGGGGCGCAACGCGUGGCUGUCGUACGAGCUGGUGCAGGCGUCGGAGCCGGCGCUGUUCCGCGUGGGGCUGCACAGCGGCGAGGUGCGCACGGCGCGGGCCGUGUCCGAGCGGGACGCGGCCAAGCAGCGAGUGGUGGCCGUGGUGAAGGACCACGGGCAGCCGGCGCUGUCGGCCACGGCCACGCUGCACGUGGUGCUGGCCGAGAGCUUGCAGGAGGCGCUGCCGGAGCUGAGCGAGCGGGCGGCGGGCGCCGAGGAGGCGGCGGCGGCGGCCGAGCUGCAGUUCUACCUGGUGCUGGCGCUGGCGCUGCUCUCGGCGCUCUUGGUGCUGAGCGUGGCGCUGGCCGUGCUGGCGCGGCUGCGCCGGGCCGGGCCGCCCGCCGUGCUGCGCUGCCUGGGCGCGCAGCGCUUCUCGGUGGCCGGCGCCGCCUUCCCGGCCGACUUCUGCGAGGGCACCUUGCCCUACUCCUACAACCUGUGCGUGGCGGCGCCGGCCCGCGCCGUGCCCGAGGCCGCUUGGCCGCCGCCGCCGCCGGUGCCCGUCCUGUCGGCGGAGGAGCUUCUGGGCGGGGAUUCCUGCGAGAAGCCGAAUCCCAGCAGCAGCGCCCUGACCGAAGAGCCGCCUGCUAAUCCCGAUGCACCUCAGCAAGCUCAGCCUAACACAGAUUGGCGCUUCUCUCAGACCCAGAGACCUGGAACAAGUGGCUCCCAGAAUGGAGAGGAAGCUGGAGCCUGGCCCAACAACCAGUUUGACACGGAGAUGCUCCAAGCCAUGAUCCUGGCUUCAGCCAAUGAAGCUGCUGAUGGAAACUCGACCCUGGGCGGCGGCAAUGGCACGAUGGGGCUGAGUGCCCGCUACGGCCCGCAGUUCACCCUGCAGCACGUCCCCGACUACCGGCAGAACGUCUACAUCCCUGGCAGCAACGCCACCCUCACCAACGCCGGCAAGCGCGAUGCCAAGAACGCCGCCCCCGCCGCAGGCAACAAAAAGAAAUCCGGGAAGAAGGAGAAGAAGUAGUGAAGAAGAAAAAGGAGACCUUAGAGCUACAGGGCAGCCGGCUCCAGCACUCCCCCAAAACCACAGCCCAGGCCGGAGGACGAAUGUGAAUUUUUUUGUGGUGCAAAAGUAGGAAAUGCUGCGAAUGUAUCUCGUCAUCAUCAGAGCUGAGAGCAGGGGCUCGCUGCUCUCAGGUCUCAUGAUGAAAACCAAUCCGGAGUCUAAACCGAAUGCAAACAAGUGCCCUGUGAAUAAUGUUUUAUACAAUCCCUCGGGUAUUAGAAUAUGCAAGGGCCGAAGGUCUUUUGCCACGUCUUUGGAUCCAGUUUGCUUCCAGGUAGUCCAAGAAAGGCACAAGGCUUGUGCUCGGCUUUGCCCAGUGUAAAUAAUUUUAAUGUGGAUCUUUUAAUUUACAGCCCUUCAGCUAUUUUUUGGAAAGGAAAAGGAAGUUCUUAGCUUAGAGCCCAUGCUGUUCUUUGCUGUUAAAUUUUCCAUUAGUAAAAUUCAUCCCCAGUCAAUGAUAGCAAUGGAAUUUGGAUUUUGGAAGUUUGUUGGGAGUGCUUCAGUUCCUGCUUACCUGUCAUCUGAAAAACAAAAAGUGUUUAUAUUGCAUGAGUCAAAGGGAAUAUGGCAAAGCUGCAUCCUAAGCAUUUUUUCUUUUUUUUUUUUUUUUCUUUUUAAUGUGUAACCACUAAUGGCCUGAAAUAUGAUAAGGAAAAAGCCCUCCUGCUGUGUGAGAGGCAGGGAAUUCCACGAGGAGCAUGCCGAGGUGUGCGGCAGCUGCCCCGGCGGUUCUAGGGGUCUCCGAAGAGCAGACACAUCUCAAACCUUCUUUGCAGUAAAUAUUUAUAUGUACAGUCGAUGUUCUUAUGGAAUUAAGGCUAAGAGAGCCUCGCUCCCCCGCGGCCAGGCCUGGCCAGGUCCCCGCGCAGGGGACACGGGGACGGCGCUUCACUGUCUGCACAGGUGUCUGCAUGCACGUCCCUCACCUCACACCUGCACUAGCGCAGUAGCUCCACGGACCCGCACAAGUCCUCGCAUGCCCACGUGGUGUGAACGCGCCGGCAGCCGCCCGGGCUGCCCUGGGGAAGGGGAGGGAGGGGGUGGGAUGGCUCAGGUGGGGUGGGGAAACUCAUUAUUGCUUCUUGUUCGGGCCCCAAAGGUUGUUUGGGGUGGUCGGGCGGUUCUUGGCGGUCUCGCCCCAAGGACGGGAUCCGCGGAGCUGCCGGUGCAUGGCUUUGGUGCAGAGUUGGUGGCUGAGUAAGUGAUGGUUGUUUUGGUGGCGUUUGGGGACCAGAUCCAGAUGAGGGACCCAAGAGCAGGGGGUGACGCUGCAAAGUGGGGGGCAGUGACUGGGGGAGUGUCACACUGGGACCAUGCGGGGCCAGCCUGGAGGAGGAGGUGAUGCUCCCGCUGGCUUUGGGCUUUGUACCCUGCGGGCAGAAUUGAAGGAUGAGGAUUAGAGUUUCUCCAUGUGCCCAUCACCAAAGCACCAGGCCAGCUUCCCAUAGCAAAGCAGCUCUGAGCCCCCGGGAGAGGCAGAUGGGAGCUUUGUGUAGCCAGAGCCAGGAGAGGAGCUGUGGGGUGGCCCGGAGGGGGCCACACCGAGUUUCCACGGGGGGUGUGUGUUGUUUUUUUCCUUUUUUAAUCACUAACACAUAACUCACCCGAGCAGAUCCAGCCCUUUCAGCCAGGCUUUCCCCACCGCUGUCCCCUCCCCAAACCAGGGCAGCAGGAGCAUCCUCCGUGUUUCAUCCAGAUCCAGCCACCUCUGGCGCUGGCUGCUCUGGGAGCGGUUCCCACCCUGUCCCCUGCAGCUGCCACCUGCCCCCCCUCUAGAAAUGCUGUAGCUGAAUCGUAGUCUUUAUAUUUUCUUUUUAAUCUGCAAUCUGAGGUAGCGUAGUGAGUGUCGUGUAUUUAGUGGCGUGUUAUUUUUAAUUGCAGUAACUAACUUGUGGACAUCAGUAUUUUCAAUUUUCUCUGUAUCUUCUUUCCACGUGGUCUGUGCUCCGAGUGUGCGUGAAAUGAAACACGUUUUCCCUUUCAAUGUGUCUAAUAUUGAAUUAUACUUAUAUAUUAUAUAUAUGCUUAUAUCCUUCUUAUACCCAUAUAGACCAAUGUCGAUGUGUUACACGCAAGUUUUAUACUCUAAUAUUUAUAUUGCUUUUUUUCUUUGGGAAAAAAAAAUAAUAAAAUGGUUUCUUCUGAA